AUGCCACCAGCCCAAGACGUAUCCAACGCCCUGAGCCGGAUCCGGGGGGUGCUGAACCCGAAGAAGGAGGCCGAGAGGGCAACGCGCGACAUCCGGCUGGGGCUAGAGCGCAUAGUGCGUGUUCUGCCGCACAUGCAGGAGUGGAAGGGGGUGCACGUCGGGGGCACAAACGGCAAGGGCUCCAUCUGCGCCUUUCUAUCGGGCCUGUUCACGCUGGCAGGCGUCGGGUACGGGCGGUACGUGUCGCCCGCCUUCCCGGACCGUCACAACGCCGUCACUAUCAACGGACGGUACAUAGACGCGCGGGUGUACGAGACGGAGGCGAGGCAGGUAGAGACUGCGUACCAGAAGGCCAUGAGAGGGUGGAGGCUGGUGGCCAGCGAGACGCCCGGCUCGCUGUCUCCCUUUGAGCUGGAGACGGCCACAGCAUUCCACCUGUUCAACAAGAUGCGGGUGCCCUACGGAAUCGUCGAGGUGGGCAUGGGCGGUGCGACGGACGCGACCAACGCUAUGCGCCGCAAGGCCGUCACCGUCAUCUCCAAGAUUGACCUGGAGCACCAGGAGUACCUAGGCCGGACGAUUGAGGAGAUUGCCAAGGUGAAGGCGGGAAUCAUGCGCCCCGGAGUGCCGUGCAUUGUCGACCAUACCAACAGCAACGCCGUCAUCAAGGUGCUGCGACGCCACGCCGCCGACAUCGGCACCACGAUCCAGCUCAGCUGGAAGGCCGAGCCGUUCCUCAAGACCCUGACCCAGGAGCGGUGGAACCUAGAGGACUACCAGAAGCAGAACCUGCUCUGCGCCGCCCUCGCCUUCCGCAACCUGUUCCCCUACAAGGAGAUCAACCUCGACAAGCUGCUGGAGAUGGAGCCCCAGCUGCCCGGCCGCAUGGAGUGGGUGGGCGUGUCCGACCUGACCGACGGCGCCUACAGGAGCCCCGUGCUCGUUGACGCGGCCCACAAUCUCUCUGGUGUCCAGGCUCUGUCGCGGUAUGCCGACGUCAACCUCCGGUCUUCCUCCGACUCCGACCAAUCCAUCACGUGGGUCAUGGGCCUGUCAUCAAGCAAGACCAAACCCUUUGCUGAGAUGCUCGAGACGCUAGUCCGACCGCAGGACAACGUCGCCUUUGUCGAGUACGAGCAGCACCCCAACGAGCCCCCCCCUACACCCGCCCACAUCGGCCGCGACCUGAUCCAGGGCAUCCUCACCAACCCAGAGCAGCAGCUGUACACGGGUGAGCCAACCGUCGCCGACGCCGUCCGCUGGGCUGGCACCAAGGCCAACGCCGCGCCGGGUACCAUGGUCAUCACGGGCAGCCUGUAUCUCAUCCGCGACCUGUACAAGCUGGACGGCAUCUACCGGUCUCGCGAGAUCGAGGACCGUGGGCCGGGCGCGUCGCAGCUGUGGCGGCUGAGCAAGCUGUGGAGGCGGCGUCCGCUGUCAAAGAACGAGUACAAGGACUUCCAGCUGGCCAAGUCUGAGUGGCAUCGGACCGACAUGGGCCGCUCCAUGAAGAAGAUACAGGAUGCUGCAGCGGAGCCGUCGACUACCGCAACUGCCGCCGAGACAAACGCCGACCUUGUCGUCGACAUGGCCGUCAAGACGGACCAGCAGCCUCCCAGACCGACUUUUGAAGCCGUCAAGUCGCUCGCCCGCAAGGCUAAAUACCACGAGCGCCAGCUGCGCGGGUACAAGGCGGCUCUGCGCAGCAUCUCCAACGACGUCGAGCAACAGGGUGGCACCGACAGCGAGGCACUGGUCAAGCUACGGCAAAACGUCGAUCUUCUCCGCCAGCAGGCAGACAUGCACCAUGCCGCCCUCGACCGGGUGACGGAGCAGCUGUGCAACCACCCGGACGCCCCGCUGCAGUACGCCCUCACGCAUAGCGAGAUCUACGGACAGCCAUCCGGCCGGAGGGACUCGCCCUUCUUGGAGCCCACUGAGCUGGAUGAGCUGAUGGAGGACUCCCCUGCCGAGGAGGGGGAGGAGAAGCACGAUGCGGGCCGGCUGUCUGAGGAGCAGCCGGAGGAAGAUGUAUCCGAUGUGAAGAAGGACUUUUGGGGUCGACCGGAGGGUAUCGACCAGGUUCCUGAGCCGCAGACCAACACGAAGCGAUGA